UAGUAAUCUUUACCAUAGAUGAGUUAUUAGUCUAUCUAAGUGUCUUUUACAGUUACUAUCUUUUGUGUCAUCGUAUUAAUUUGUGACGCGUUUAUGUUGUUGAUAAUUAAUACUUAUGAGGUGCAGAUACAUAUAUUGUUGCAUUAUCAAAAGUCAGUCGCGUUUAGUGGUGUCGUAAAGAAAUAAUAAGACGCGUAUUAUUUCUUUAAAAACAAAAAGAAAAAAAAAAAAGAAAAAAUUCUAUUUAAUUCGAUAUUAUAUUAUGGAUGAUCAUAACAUGGAUCAAAAUAUUUUAACAGUGCUAAAACUUCUUAUGAUAGGAGAAUCUAACGUGGGUAAAUCAAGUAUACUUUUAAGGUUCACAGAAGAUGAAUUUUCGGAAAAUAUGCGAAAUACAGUCGGGAUGGACUAUAAAACAAAAUAUAUCACAAUAGAUGAUAGUAUAGUGAAACUUGCUAUUUGGGAUACUGCUGGACAAGAACGAUUUCGUACUUUAACACCAAGUUAUUAUAGAGAUGGACAAGGAGCUAUUUUAGUAUAUGAUGUUACCGAUAGAAAUACAUUUUUAAAAUUGGAUACAUGGCUUAAUGAAUUAAACACGUACUGUAAUAAAACGGAUAUUGUUAAAAUGAUAGUAGGUAAUAAAAUAGAUUUACCAAAUAGGGAAGUUAGCAAUGAAGAAGGCUUACAAUUUGCUAGGAGACAUCAGUCCCUAUAUAUUGAAAGUAGUGCUAAAACGGCGGAUGGAGUAAAGUGUUGCUUCGAGGAACUCGUUCAAAAGAUAUUACAAACUCCUGGUUUAUGGGAUACUCACUCUUCAAAAUAUAUUGAUAAUGGCAAUAUGACCGGUGCUAGGUAUAGAAUGGGAAAAAGAGGAAUACAAUUGACGGAUGAUUAUGAACCACAGAAUGCAUAUUCGCGUUGUUAUUGCAGUAUGAUUUAAGUGGCUGUGAUAAAGAAAUUUUUUUGGUAAUGGGUUAUAAGCAUGGCGCCUAUUGUAUGAUAUGUUGUUUAUUAAACAACUAAAACAAGUUACAAUGAAUACAUAAUAUUGUGAAUCAUUGUUAGAAUUAUAUUACAUUAGAUAAAGAAACAAACAUUACACAAUCUGUGAACUAUACAAAAAUGUGCUAACGAUUUAUAGAUCUACAUUAAUUAAUAAUUUAAUUAAAUACGAAUUUUAAAAAUAUCAUCAAUUUAUAGUUAUAUAUUGCAGGUGUACAAAAAAUUGGACUUAGGCUAAGCCAAGAAUGAAAAGCUGGCGCUUUGAACCAUUAAUAAUAAGCAAAGCAAACCGUUAAUUCUAUUGUCUUUUAUUCAAUUUAUUUCUAAAUAUUCAAAAAUAAAUCAUUUUUAUUAUAAUACUGAUAAAGUUUUUAUCACAGACACUUGUUCACUUUUUAUAGUCUCUUGCUUUGUUACAUUUAUACACUUAUAUAAGAUUUGUUAUAUAUAUAAUAUACAUAUACAUACAUAUAUACAUACAUACAUACAUACAUACAUACAUACAUACAUAUAUAUAUAUAUAUAUAUAUAUAUAUAUAUAUAUAUAUAUGCAUAUAUGCGUCAUUUUUGUACAAUAGUCAAAUUUAUUCAGUUUUCGUUGCUUGUUAUAAAAAAUGAUAUCUAAAAGUAUGUAAAAUCUCUGUGUUAUUUAAAUAUACAAAGGUAUCUGAUCUUCAAUGUGCUUUAAUAUUAAGAUAAAAUGCUAAGAUUUGAAAAUGAUCUUUUUUAUAUUUAUUUCAAGCUGAAUCAGGGGAGGGUGGACUCAUAAAAAUUCCUCCAAAGGUCAAACAACGAUCACCCAUAUAUAUAUGUAUAUGUAUAUAUAAACAAAUUUAUGCAUUAGUACAAUUUUUUUUUUUUUUUUUAGUGAUUUGUCUUUUACUUGCUUAUAUUCUAUUACAUAUAAUGCACAUAAUUUAUAAAAGUUAUACUGAUCCAAAAAUUAAGAAUAAGUGGAAAUAUACAAAUAGAAUCUUCAAAACAAAUAUAUGGUAAUUGUCUUAUACACAAAUCUAUUGUAACUUAUUUGUAAAUAAAGCAUUUUCAAUAUAUAUUAUAUGCUACUAUCAUAUUAUAUUAA